AUGGCCAAACGAGCAGCUUCCUUUUGUCUCCUCUCGUGUCUCCUCGUCUUGCUGUUCUUGAGUUCAGUCUCAGCAGUCACAGAUGAUCCUGGAGAUAAACAGGUGUAUAUUGUCUACAUGGGUGCACUUCCGUCUCAACCGAGCUACACACCAAUGUCGAACCACAUAAGUAUUCUUCAAGAAGUCACCGGAGAAAUUUCGAUCGAAGGUCGUUUGGUGAGAAGUUAUAAGAGGAGUUUUAACGGGUUCGCGGCCCGACUCACUGAGUCAGAAAGAGAACGAAUUGCAGAAAUGGAGGAAGUUGUGUCUGUGUUCCCCAACACGAAGUUAAAACUCCAAACUACUGCGUCUUGGGACUUCAUUGGGUUAAAGGAAGGCAAGGGCACGAAGAGGAACCCGACCGUGGAAAGUGAUAUCAUUAUCGGCGUCAUCGACACCGGUAUCACGCCGGAAUCCGAGAGCUUUUCCGGCAAAGGCUUUGGUCCUCCUCCUAAGAAAUGGAAAGGUGUUUGCUCCGGCGGCAAAAAAUUCACAUGCAACAACAAGCUGAUCGGUGCAAGAGACUACACAAAGAAAGGCACUAGAGACAGAGAAGGCCACGGUACGCACACAGCGUCCACUGCGGCUGGAAACGCAGUCGCCAACACAAGCUUCUUUGGACUCGGUAAUGGAACGGCAAGAGGCGGCGUUCCAGGAUCUAGAAUAGCUGCUUACAAAGCUUGCGACGAACACGGAUGUGCCACGGAAGUUCUACUGGCUGCUUUUGACGACGCGAUAGCAGACGGUGUUGACCUCAUCAGCGUCUCCAUCGGGGGAGAGGUUCAGCUAAGAUACGAUAAGGACCCGAUGGCGAUCGGGGCUUUUCACGCUAUGGCCAAAGGGAUCCUCACUGUGAAAUCAGUCGGUAACGACGGUCCGAAGGCGGCCACAGUUGUAAGCAUAGCACCAUGGAUCUUAGCCGUUGCAGCCAGCAUUACGAACCGAGAGUUUGUCACCAAAGUUGUUCUCGGAAACGGCAAGACGCUUGUGGGGACAUCAAUAAACGCUUUUGAUCUCAAAGGGAAGAUGUAUCCUCUUACGUACGGAGAAUCUUUUAACGAUUCUCUGGUGAAGGGAAAGAUUUUGGUUUCCAGAAACCAAAUUAGUUCGGAAGUAGCUGCUGGAUCCAUAAUUAGAGACAAUGAGUACUUUGACUCAGUCGUCGCUCACAUUAACUCUCAGCCCAUUUCUUCUCUAUCACAAGAUGACUUUGACUCAGUCGUCUCUUACGUUAACUCCACAAAGUCCCCGCAAGGCACUGUUCUAAAAUCUGAGACAAUCUUUAAUCAGAAAGGUCCUCAAGUUGCUUAUUUCUCUUCUCGCGGUCCAAACACCAUCGCUGUGGAUCUUCUAAAGCCGGAUGUAACAGCACCAGGAAUGGCGAUCCUCGCUGCCUAUUCACCUCUGGCUUCACCAGCAGAAGGAGAGAACUACCCAGGACGUGUGAAGUAUUCUUUUAUCUCUGGAACUUCAAUGGCUUGUCCACACGUUGCAGGCGUGGCUGCGUACGUCAAGACUUUUCAUCCUGAUUGGUCUCCUUCCAUGAUCCAAUCAGCCAUCAUGACGACCGCUUGGCCAAUGAAUGCUUCUGGAACUGGCUAUGCAUCGACCGAGUUUGCUUAUGGAGCUGGACAUGUGAACCCAAUAGCCGCUCUAAACCCUGGACUUGUCUAUGAACUGGACAAAGCAGACCACAUCGCCUUUCUCUGCGGCUUGAAAUACACUUCAAAAUCCCUUAAACUCAUUUCUGGUGAAGCAGUCACUUGCAGUAGAAGGACCUUACCAAGAAACCUCAACUAUCCUUCAAUGUCGGCAAAACUUCCAGGAUCUAAGAGCUCCUUCUCCGUCACUUUCAAAAGAACCGUCACUAACCUCGGCACCCCCAACUCUACAUACAAAUCAAAGAUUGUCUUAAACUACGGAUCUAAGCUCAGCGUUAAGGUCUCGCCUAGUGUUCUAUCUAUGAAGUCAGUCAAUGAGAAGCAGUCUUUCGUGGUGACUGUUUCAGGCAGCGGUCUCGACCCAAAACUGCCUUCGUCUGCGAAUCUGAUUUGGUCGGAUGGCACACAUAACGUGAGAAGCCCCAUUGUUGUCUAUGCAUGAGGCAUUGUCAGUUCACCAUAGUUGUUGUGUUUCUUCAUUCUGGAUUUUUUUUGUUUGAAUCUUCUUCAUCCACAGUUUCAGAGAGCUUCGCAUAUAUUUGAACUAAACUCAAUGCUUCUACUAGCAAUUUGUUCAUCAAUUCAAACAGAGAAUGCCAGUUUGCAUCCCAACUUGGCUGAGCUUUAUCAGUAUCUCUUUGGCUCUUCCUGC